CAACCGAGGUCACGUCACGUCUCAUAGCAACUCCAAAAUAAACUGAAAGAAAUCUCCUCGGCGUCGCAGGGAGGAUUAAUCACAUCUAACGCGACAUUUAGAUUGUUAUAAAGCAUUAGUCAAGCAUACGAUAAUAAUAAUAAUAAAAACGUUUCUGUAAUGUUUGUAAGCGGAACCAGAGAUCGACAGUUCAGCGAUCCGGCCGGAAGCGUUUGACGCAGAGUAAUCCCAGUGCAUGGUGUGAUAUUAUUUAAAAUAAUCUGCGGGAUUAUGUUCAAAAAUACCUUUCAGAGUGGAUUUCUGUCCAUUCUCUACAGCAUCGGCAGCAAACCCCUUCAGAUAUGGGACAAAAAGGUCAGAAAUGGACACAUAAAACGCAUCACAGACAACGACAUUCAGUCAUUAGUGCUUGAAGUGGAGGGGACUAAUGUGAGCACCACAUACAUCACAUGUCCAGCAGACCCAAAGAAGACCCUCGGCAUCAAACUCCCGUUCCUCGUCAUGAUCAUCAAGAAUCUCAAGAAGUAUUUCACAUUCGAAGUUCAGGUACUGGAUGAUAAGAAUGUCCGGCGGCGGUUCCGGGCGAGUAACUAUCAGAGCACGACCCGUGUAAAGCCCUUCAUCUGUACGAUGCCCAUGAGACUGGACGACGGCUGGAAUCAGAUCCAGUUCAACCUGUCAGAUUUCACGCGGCGAGCGUACGGCACCAAUUACAUAGAGACUCUACGAGUGCAGAUUCAUGCAAACUGUCGCAUCAGGAGAGUUUACUUCUCUGACCGACUGUACUCUGAAGACGAGCUCCCUGCAGAAUUUAAACUCUAUUUACCGGUUCAAAACAAAGCCAAGUGACAUGAUGGAUUCCUUCCGUCUUCAUCCGUCAGAUUUCUUUAUUGUUUUUUAAAGUGUUAUUUUGGAUCCGUCUGACUAGUUUCCGUCUCUUUUGUCUGCUAAAUAAAUCUUUUAUAUGCACAUAUUAAAACUCAAGAGUCCAAAUGAUUCAUCAGUUCAGCAACGUCAAAAUAAUUCAUGCACAGCUAGAUAAGAGUGAAAAGAUUUAUUAAACUGGGACGUGAGCUGCUGAAGGAAGAAUGUCUUCAGUUCUUUCACAGGAGUUACUUAUUGCAAAAAUAUUCUGAUCUCCGGGAUUGCAACAGAUUUAUAUCUAUUCAUACAACAGUGUAUAAUGUUACACGUGCAUCUAGUUAUGCACAACACCUUUCAACGUUUAAUUACACUAGAACGAUUCAAACAAAGCUUUAGUGAGAGAUUUAUGCCAGCUAAAAUACAAAGCAAAGUCAAAAAUCAAUAUAUCUUAAAUUACAUUAAAUAAUAUUGCAAUUAAUAAAAUGGCACAACAUUUUUUUUUGCUUUAAACAAUUUCACAGAUGAACAUAAUUCACAUAUAAUAUUACAAUAAUCAAAUCAACAUGCAGUGGCAAGAAAAAGUAUGUGAACCCUUUGGAAUCAGCUGGUUUUCUGCAUUAAUUGGUAAAUAAAUGUGAUCUUCAUCAAAGUCACAAGUACAGACAAACACAAUGUGCUUAAGAUGACAACAC